UUAACCAUGCGAUCUGGGAUCAAUUUGUGGAGGAUUGCUUCUCUACUUGGAUUUUUUCUGGUUUUCGAGGUGCACGCUGUUCCGACACUUUACGGUGGUGAUGCAGAUGCUGGAGAGCUGAGAGAUGAUAUACCCGAGCUCAACAGAGAGUUGACAGGCCUCUUUCAGGGGGACAUUGCUGGAGAUCCCAGGAGAAACGCAAUCCUCGAUGAAUCAAAAAGAUGGAAGUUCCCCAUCCCUUACAUCUUGACAGACUCCUUGGAUCUGAAUGCCAAGGGUGUGAUCCAUCAGGCCUUUGAAGCGUACCGUUUGAAAUCCUGCGUGGACUUCAAGCCCUACGAGGGGGAGAAGACCUACAUCUCCUUCACCAAGUUAUCAGGAUGCUGGUCAUUUGUAGGAAACCUCCAAACAGGCCAGAACCUGUCCAUUGGGGCGAGGUGCGAUACCAAGGCCAUUGUGGAGCACGAGCUUCUUCACGCUCUGGGCUUUUACCACGAGCAGUCCCGCUCGGACAGAGAUGACUACGUUAAGAUCUGGUGGGACCAGAUUGAAGAAGGGAGGGAGCACAAUUUCAACAAGUACGAGGAUGACUUCAUCACCGACCUGAACACGCCAUACGACUACGAGUCCGUCAUGCACUACAGACCCCUGUCCUUCAACAAGAACGAGAGCAUACCCACCAUUACCACCACUAUCCUUUACUUCAACGACAUCAUCGGCCAGCGGCUGGACUUCAGUGCCAUGGACCUCACCCGGCUAAACCGCCUGUAUGACUGUGCGAACACCCACACGCUCCUGGACCAGUGCUCAUUUGAGCUGAUCAACAUCUGUGGAAUGAUUCAGGAUGAGGCGAACGAUGCAGACUGGGUCCAGACACUGAGCACUCCAGAGAACACAGACCAAACCCUGGCAGGGCGCUGCAGAGAUGCUGGCUACUUCAUGAAGUUUGACACAUCUACCGGUGUGGCUGGUAAAAGCGCCCUGCUGGAAUCCCGCAUCCUGUACCCCAAAAGAGGUGAGCAGUGCCUGCAGUUCUUCUACAAGAUGACUGGAGCUGCAGGGGACAAACUGGUGGUCUGGAUCAGAACUGAUGAUGGGACAGGAACUGUUCGCAGCAUGAGGAAGGUUCACACUAUCACAGGUGAUGGAGAUGACCUUUGGAAAAUUGCCCACGUGACCCUGAAGGUUACGGAUAAAUUCCGUUAUUCCUUCCAGGGCAUCAGAGGAUCAAAUAGCUCCUCGGGGGCCAUUUUGAUCGAUGACAUCACUUUGAGUGAGACAGUUUGUCCCAAUGCUGUUUGGCCAAUCCGCAACUUCACCGGCCUGCUCGCCACCAGUGGUACUGCAGUUCUCAGCAAAUGCUUCUACAACUCAGAAGGCUACAGCUUUGGCAUCGUGGUUUACCCUAACAGACAAGACGGCAAAUACAAAAACUACACUUCCAUGUACUUCCACCUCUGCAGUGGGGAAAAUGAUGCAGUCCUGGAGUGGCCAGUGAAGAAUAGACAGGUGACCAUCACUGCCAUGGACCAGGACCCUGAUGUUAAGCUCGGGAUGUCUGCCACGAGAAGCUUCACCACCGACGCAAGUGCACUCUGGAACAAGCCGUCGGCAACGUCGGGGGCAGUAUGGGAUGCCGGCUGCCAGUGCUACCGUGGGCCGAGCCUCGGCUGGAGCACCUUUAUCUCUCACAUGCAGCUGCACAGGAGGAGCUUCCUGAAGAACGAUGAUCUUAUCAUUACAGCCGACUUCAACGAUUUAACCCACCUGAUCAACACGGAAGUACCCGUCAAACCAAAGGUGCCCAGUGAUGACAUCACAGACGUAGAGCCAAUGAGAAACGAGGAAAGGGAACCGGGUGUUCCCGAACACAGAGAAGCGCGUGCUGCCCCCAAUGACCCCUGCAGUGUCAACCCGUGUCUUAAUGGAGGAGUGUGUGUGGACAAUCACGGGACAUUCUCAUGCAGGUGCACCUCAGGCCAGGCCCAGUACUUCACCGGCCAGAGAUGUGAGAACCAGCACAUUGACAGUGGCAUUAUUGGAAUUCUGAUCGGCGGCAUGGCUGGGACAAUAGUUCUAACAAUGGCUAUUGUCUCUUUCAUCAGGAGGCCCCAUUGAGAGGAAAUUUAGAGAGGUCCCCCCCCCCCCACAUUCAUUCAACAGCGGUGGUGUACCAGCGAUGAUGUUGAUGCUGACCAUGAGGGAAAAACAUCUAUAAAAAUUAAGUUUGGUUAGGGACACAAAGACAAUUACGGGCUUCUUUGUGUGAGGUUCCCUUUUGACAAUUACAUCUUUACAUUAAAAAAAAAAAAUCAGUUAAGCAACAGCGUAACCCAGCCAUUCUGUGUGCAGUAUGCAUGCUGUCCCUUUGCUUCCUCUGGUUUCCUUCCACAGUCAAAAAAAACAUGGGUUCAAGGUAAAUGGCAGGUUGUAAGAUUCUGCCCAUAGGUGUGAAUGGUGUGUGAGUCACUGUGUAUGUGAGCCCUGUUAUGGACUCGCAACCUGUCAAGGGCAUCUCCCUGCAUUCCUGCUGUGACAGACGUCAGUUCCUCAACUACCCUGAAUUAGAUUUAGUAAAUAUGGAGAAAGAACUGAUGAGCGACAGAAUACACACCAGAUUUAAAACCGAAAAAGUCUAAACCAAAACGAUCCACAACCACCAUUGCUGUUAUGUUGAGGAAAAACUAGUGUGCACAAGAUAAUACAUCGGUAACACCAACACGUACAAUGCCCCAAAAAUUAUGUCAGCGAUACUCAACCAUGAGCUAUGGAGGACUGGGGGUACCAUUUUUUAACCAAACUAACGCUACACCGGCUGAUCUCACUGAUUAUCUCACCUUCAACCAAACCAUUCAGGGAAAUCAGCUGGUAUAGUGUUAAUUUGUUGGAAAAUCUGCAUACACAGUGAUACUCACUGACUAGGAUGCUUGACCCAACAAUAUGUGUUUGCUGUGUGGGACCUUUUUGUCUGCAAAUUAAAGUCUGUUUGCUUUGUCUGUAUGAUAGGCCAAUACUCUGCAAAAUAUUUUGGUGUAAAUCUGCAAAUUUUACAUAAUCUGACUUAACAAGAUGAGGCAGGUUGUUUAAAAAAUAAUUAAAAAGAGUGAUAUUUUGUAUCCUUUAUUUCAUUCUACGUUUUGAGACAUACAUAUAUAGUGAUUAUACAGCUAUUUACUGGUUAUAUAGAUAUAUUAGGA